AAUCAGUUCUUUCUAGUGUAUUAUCAUCUGGGUUUUGGAUAUUUUCAUUCUAGGUAUAUCAUAGUAAUUGGGUAUUUAUAUGUUUUUAAGUAUUGGGCACUCUGUAGCUUUGGUCCAAAGGGGGCUGAUUCUCAGAUGGUUUGGUAUUACAAUCCAAGUUUUUAUAUGUUUAAAUACACAAAAAACAGAGACUUUUCAUACCUAAAAUAAAAAUAAAAUUUUUAGCUUUUGAUUCAAAUCCAAAUCUAUAUACUCAAAUUCAGCAUGUUAUAUAGAAGAAGAAAGAAAGAAGAAGAAAACGAAAGUGGUUAUUUUAGUCACAGUACAAUCAAUAUAAUAUAAAUCAAUCUUACCAUGUCAGUACUUGUCCGUACGAGCAGGUCAGUACCUGGAUUUUCUUAAUCCUCUCCUCCUUUCUCUUAAAACCCUAAUCACAGGCUGCCCGAUCUCCCUCUUCCGGCUUUGUUUUGACGUUAAAGAUCAGAUGUAGAUGCAGUGCUCAUUCUCUCUUUGUGGUGUAAAAGGAGGUAAAUUACAGGAACAACAAUGGAGACUAAUCUAUGUGAUGUGAAUCAUUUGGAUUCUGAUGCCCUUUUGCCCUGAAAAUAAACACCUUUCUUCCUCUUAAUAAUUAUUGCAAAGGUACCCAGCAAUGGUUAAGUCUUCAAUAUCAUCAUAUAGCUACUUGUGUGAUUGUAAAACCUCAUUUGAGAGACACCACAUUCUCCCACCUUCAACCAAUACACUCACUCUAACUCUCAACCAUUUUCUUCGUCUUCUUCUUCUUUUGCCAUUUAUUGCAUUCUUUUUCUUCAAUGUAAGCUUGAACAGUCCAAUAUUCAUUGUUUUAUGGAGCUUACUUCUCCUUCUAAAGUUGUUACUUGGGAACCCAAUCCGCAAAGAGUCUGUGGUUCUCAUGCCUGCUUUUGGAGUUCAGCUUGAAACUCACUAUGCCAGUGGAAGAGUAAGUCGUCAAUUUAUUCCUGUGGACAAGAUUUUGAAACCGGUUCUGUUGGAAUGUGUGACUCCACUUACAUGUUACUGGAACCUCUCUUUGAUUGUUCGUGGAGAAGCUCAACUAAUUUCUGUUUUUAAGGUAUUGCGGCCACCGGCGAAGAUGCUGGUUCCCAUAUGGAAGGCCUUGUGUGCUGGUACCAUCGACGAUGAUAAGGAAGAAAGUAGCUCAAAAGAAACUGCAGAGGAUGAAGCUACCUUUAAUCACUGAGACACAUGCGCCUGUCAAUGAUCCCAGCUAGACAUAAUUUGAUUCGUUACAUUACACAGCAGAACAAUGUUCAUGGCGACUGUAUGUAUGGUCAUAUGGAGCUCAGUCGACCAACUUCUCUAGAUUAGGUUCAAUGGAGAGAGACCCUUUUGAAAUUUUAGAUUUGGUAUAUUCAUGUGUGUGGUGGUUAACCAUCUAGAAGAACUUGAAUGUAAAUUCAUCACAUUUUGUAACAAUCUUUGUAGAUAUUUUAAUGGUACAAAGCAAAUUUCUACCUUCA